UGUGCUUAAAAAUUAAAGUACCCAAUCUGGAAUGUGUUUUAAGUGUCGGCAAAGAUGUUACUGCCUUGUGUGGGAUUUGUGAUGCCUGCCAUUUUAAUUGAAAAUAAUAGUUGCUUAUCAUUUUUCAAGGGACCCCAUUGGAUUCUCCACGACGGGUUACUUUGCAUUGUUUGUGCUUUUUGGAAUCUUUUGAAGUUUUGGUUUGGCAUUCUUUGUGAUUGAAAAUGAGGUGGUCAUUUUUAUUUAUUUAUUCGAGUUAAUAUCUUGAUAUUUAAGUGAAAGGGGAUACCAUUAUUAUUAUUAUUAUUAUUAUUAUUAUUAUUAAAUGAGGACUCCAAAUAAAUUGUGAUUUCAAUGAAUGUUGGGAAUUAUAAAAUAAAUGUCAUUUGAGGAUUCAUAAAAUAAUUAUAAAUGGCCCUUUGUUUUAGAAAGUAUAUUUUUAUGUUUUAGAUUUUUCAUUUUUAUAUCAUAUUUUAAGUUAAAGAAAACAAGGCAUGAUGUCGUAUUUGUUUUUAGAAAUUUAAAAAUUGAAAAUGAGGAUUAGUUUCUGUAACUAAUCAACUCAUUUAUUUGUCUGUAUUUUUUUAUUGUAAAAAAUAAGAAUAAGAAUAAAAUUAUUUUUUACAAAUGAAUGUAUUGUUAAUCUUUCUUAAUCAUCUGUUUGUCAAUUCUAAUUUUUUGUUGACAAGUCCUGUGGAAUAUCCCAAAAUUAAAGUGUGGUGUGACUAUUAAUCUUAAAUUACUUGUGGAAAGAAAAAAAACUUUUUAAUAUGUAAAAUUCAUAUUUUUGUAGCCUUUCACAUUUGCGAAUAAACCCAAAAAAUUUUCCAACCCUUUAGAAGCCCAUACUGCACAAAAAAAAAGAAAAAAAGAAAAAAAGAAGAAGAAGAAUAAUGUUGAUGUGAAAACGUAAUGUUCAUCCACAAGUAAACAAAGAAAAAAUAUAUUUGUGUAUUCUCAGACAAGCAUCAAUUGGCAAAGAUUAUUACUUCUAGCUUUGUCCUUACAGGAUGCCGACAGCCAUGAGCCAGCCCACCACCUUCCUCCUUCCAUCCCGCAUCAUUGAAAUACUUCUUCCCCUCUCCUGAAAAAAAUAAAAAAUAAAAUAAAAGAAUAAGAAAAUGAGAAAAAGACAUUUAAGCAAUAACUUUUAAAUUUUUAAAUGUAGAUGCUAAGAAAAAAAAUAAAAUAAAAUGUGACGGUGAUAUGUUUAUAAUUUUUUAAAAUAAAAAAUAAAAAAUAUUUUUGGCAAUCUUGAAAUAAUUUUUAUUCUUAUUCUUAUUUUAUUUUUAUAAGAUUACAAAUAUAGCCUCAUUGUUUUUAUUUUUUAAUAUUUAUAAAGAAAAGUUAAAAAAUGAUCUACUUUUAAUUUAAAAAAAAAAAUGAAAAUUGUAUUUUUUUAUAAAUGAAUAUGCCUUUAGACCUCGCAAACUAUAAUUUUCAAAAUUUACCUUAUUUUUUUUAAUUUUUUGAUAUCUCUACUAAGAGAAAGAAGAUUUCCUUUUUUGCUUUGAUUUUUAAUAUUCCAAAAUAACCUUAUAAUUACUCUAAAAAAUAUUAAAAAAUUUUUGUUAUAAUUAUCGCUCAAAAGUUGCGGAGUACAACAUUGCAUGUGUACACAACUAGUUUAUAUAAAAAUACUUAAAAAUUAUAGAAAUGUAACUGAUUUUAUUUUAUUUUUUUUGAUUUUUUAUAGAAGAUACUUAGAUGCACAUACCAAAUUAUUUGCUUAUUUAAUAAACAAACACCAUGACAAAUCUUGGACCCACCGAGUAGCUGGAAUUUAACUUAAAAAAAAAAUCUCCAAUUUCUAGAUCAUUUUUUAGUUUAUAUUGCUACAUAAAAUAAAUUAAAGUAAGUUAUAAAAAUAAAUAAUUCAAAAAUAAUAAAUUAAUUUUAUGAAAAAAAUAUAUUAUAUAUGCAUUUGCUCAACUACCACUAAAUUAAAAAAAAAUAUUUUCAAUUUUUAAAAAUGUUCAAGUUCUUUUAGUUCAUUUUUUAUUAUUAUCAUAUUGCUACAUAAAUAUUACUUGCAUAAUAAAAUUGAUGUAAUACAAAAAUGCAAAUCAAAUAACUCAAAUAAAACUACAUACAACAUAUAAAUAUGAUACAAUUGAUUCAUAAAUUAAUUUUUUGGGCUGAAUUUUAGUCUUUCAGUGUUUUUGAAAUUUCAAUAAAAAUAUAUUGACUGAUUUUCAAUUUUUAUCCGAUAACUUAUAAUAACUCAUAUUUCUAUAGUAAGAAAUAUAUGUAUGUAUUGUAAAUAUAGACAUAAAAAAUUUAAGUAAUACAUAAAAACAAACAAAUAAAAUUAUAAAAAAAUUAAUUAACUAUAAAAAAUAAAAGUAUAUUUAGUAAUUGAUAAUUACAAGUUAAAAAAAAAAACCGGAGGAACGAAAUAAAUGAGGACCAGUGCGCACCCGAGGCGUACAGUCUUAACGUGCACCAUCUUGGGCCCCACACGUCCAUGUCAAGACUUAGGCGCUUGUUGUCCACUUGU